CCUCCCCCAUCAUCCACGAUGCUUCCUGGCACCUGCAUUCUCCUAAUUUGUUUCCUAACCUGCUUUACAACCCUUAUCGGAGCAUCUCUGAACCUCACUCUUCCCCAUCAACAUCCCGACCCCGAAGCUGUCGUUCAAGAAGUUCAAAGGAGAGUGAAUGCGUCGGUGUCUCGGAGGCAAAUGUUGGGAGUUUGGGAAAAUGACCAAUCUUCGUCGUCGACGUGCUUGACAGGAAACCCCAUAGAUGACUGUUGGAGAUGUGACCCAAACUGGGCAGCCAACCGGCAACGCUUAGCCGAUUGUGGGAUCGGAUUUGGAGCUGGGGCACUGGGUGGAAAGGGCGGUCAGAUCUAUGUAGUCACAGAUUCGUCGGACAAUGACGCCGUAACUCCGACGCCGGGGACUCUUCGGUACGCCGUGAUUCAAGAAGAACCCUUGUGGAUCAUAUUCUCGGGAAAUAUGCUAAUAAAGUUAAAGCAGGAACUGAUCUUCAACAGCUUCAAAACCAUCGACGGCAGGGGAGCUAACGUCCACAUCGUGGGCGGUGGAUGCAUUACACUCCAGUACAUAAGUAAUGUGAUCAUCCACAACAUCCACAUCCACCACUGCGUGCCUUCCGGAAACACGAUCGUGAGGUCUAGUACCACACAUUACGGAUAUCGGACGAAAUCGGACGGUGACGGUAUCUCUAUAUUUGGGUCUAGGAACUUAUGGAUCGAUCAUUGCUCUCUCUCUUACUGCACGGACGGUCUGAUCGAUGCGAUUAUGGGGUCCACGGGGAUCACGAUUUCGAACAAUUACUUCGCGCAUCACGACGAGGUUAUGCUGCUGGGACACAGUGACAGCUAUCAGCCAGACUCUGGGAUGCAGGUCACCAUUGCGUUUAACCAUUUUGGAGAAGCGCUGGUGCAGAGAAUGCCUAGGUGUCGACGUGGAUAUUUUCAUGUAGUGAACAAUGAUUUUACACAAUGGGAGAUGUAUGCUAUUGGUGGGAGUUCUAACCCCACCAUUAACAGUCAGGGUAACCGCUAUACUGCACCGACGGAUCCUAACGCCAAAGAGGUGACAAAGCGAGUGGAUACAGACGAGAAGGACUGGGCGGGAUGGAAUUGGAGGACGGACGGGGACAUAUUGGUGAACGGGGCGUUUUUUGUUCCGUCUGGGGAAGGGUUGGGAGCGAAGUACUCGAAGGCGGAGAGCGUGGAGCCCAAAUCAGCCGCACUGAUUGACCAGCUCACCGGGAAUGCUGGCGUCUUAGGUGGCACCAGGGAUAACAGUGCGAGCAUAUCAUACCCGGGAUUCAACAAUGGUGGGGCAGGCAGCGGCGGCACUGGAGUGUUAUCCUGCGGUGGAGGCGGUGGUGGUGACACGGACUACUUUGGGAUCAUGUUCGGGAGCAGUGCACCCCCAUCGCCUUCACCCUCACCUUUAUUGUCUUCUAUUAUUAUUAUUCCUUCUUUAUUAUUGUUGUUGUAUUUUUCUACCAUCACCACCACCCAUUUCUUCCUUAUAACAUCACUAUUAUAGCUAAGAAGAGCUGAC